AUGGUGGCCCCAUUUCCGUACCGUACCGCAAUCAUUGAUUGUGUCAAAAGCAGAAUGACGAAUUCAGAGAUCAUUAAAAAGCUGAAAGUGUCUCGUGUUCUCGUUUUUCGAACUGCACAACGUUAUCGGCGUCUCGGUACUUCAGAUGACAUGCAAAGAAGUGGACGUCCAGUCACCGUCACGACUCCAGAAGCAGUCAAAGCCGUUCGAGAGAAAAUCAGACGCACUCCGGAAAGAAGCGUGAGAAAGAUGGCAAAAGAAUACAAAAUGAGUCGAGAAUCGAUGAGAACUUUUGUCAAGGACAAGCUGAAGAUGAUUCCCUACCGUAUGCAGAAAGGAGCCUUCCUCAGUCAAAAAAACAAGACAUUGCGGAUGAAAAAGGCUCGAAAGCUGCUCGCUGGCACGAAAGAUGGCUCGCAUCUGACGACGCUAUUUACCGACAAGAAAAUCUUCACUGUGGAGGCGAACAAGGAGGCCAAAAUCAUUGGAUCAUCGCUACUGACUAUCAGAGUGCCUGUGAAAAAGAAAAAAUUCUGA